GAUUGUUGAGAUGGAAACACAAUAUGUAUGAGAAAGCGGCCAUGAAACACUCCAAGAGAAAGAAUUACUCAAAGAUGGUGUAUGGAGACUUCUCAUGGUCCCAGGAAAGAGAGUCUCAUGGUCCCAGGAAAGAGAGUCUCAUGGUCCCAGGAAAGAGAGUCUCAUGGUCCCAGGAAAGAGAGUCUCAUGGUCCCAGGAAAGAGAGUCUCAUGGUCCCAGGAAAGAGACUGAAGGAAGAGAUUCUAGAUGCCUUUGUGACUGGGAAAUGGGACGCAGAAACUGAUGCUAAAGCUAGGCUGCAAGAGGAUGAUGCUCUGUUUGGAGACUUUGAGGAUCUGCAGACAGGAGAGACAUUUGAGUCUGAGAACGGUAAAGUCUCUGAUGACUCGGAGAGUGAUAAAGAUGACGAGGCGAAGGAAAAAGACAGUAAAGAAGAAGGGGAAAAUGACGAGGAGAGAAAGAAAACAAAAGCAGAGAUGUCUGCACAAGAAAAACGGUUGGCAAAGAAAAGGAAAGUUAAAGAAAUGUUUGAUAAAGAUUACGACAUGAAAGGAGAUAAUGAGUACUAUGAUAACUGGAAAGCUGAAACAGACGAACAGGCUAAGUUAAACCGAGCUGAAUUUGAAGAGCUGCCAGAGGAGCAGAGGGUUCAGUAUGAAGGCUUCCGGCCAGGGAUGUACGUGCGUAUAGAGUUUGAGCAGAUGCCCUGUGAGCUGGUGGAGAACUUCAACCCAACAUAUCCUAUCAUUAUUGGUGGCACUGCAGACAUUGAGGAGAAGCUGGGAUAUGUCAAUGUCCGUAUUAAAAAGCACAGAUGGUACAAGAAGAUCUUGAAAACAAGAAACCCCCUGAUUAUCUCACUUGGCUGGCGUCGAUUUCAGACAAUCCCAUAUUACUACAAACUGGAGGACAACAUGCGGAAGCGAAUGCUCAAGUACACACCAGAACAUAUCCACUGUCAAGCCACGUUCUGGGGUCCAGUAACUCCUCAGGGUACAGGAUUUCUGGCUGUGGAGUCUGUGGCAGACAAAACUCUCAAUUUCCGGAUCGCUGCCACUGGUGUUGUGUUGGAACUGGACCAGUCUUCUGAAGUGGAGAAAAAACUCAAGCUGGUUGGCACACCUCUGAAAGUGUUUAAGAAAUCAGCUUUUAUUCAGAACAUGUUCAGCACGGCGCUGGAAGUGGCCAAGUUUCAAGGGGCCAAAAUCCAGACAGUCAGUGGUUUAAGGGGCCAGGUCAAGAAAGCAUUACACACACCUGUUGGGGCGUUUAGGGCCACUUUUGAAGACAAGAUUAGAAUGAAUGAUAUCGUUUUCCUGAAGGCCUGGGUGAAGCUGGAGAUUCCCAAGUUCAUCAUGCCCGUGACUUCUCUUCUUCUCUCACACGAAAGCAAGCAAGCCUGGUUGGGGAUGCGAACCAUCGGCCAGCUGCGGUAUGAAAGGAGUCUUCCAGUGCCACAGAAAGCCGACUCCUUGUAUAAGCCAAUUGUGAGGCCAGAGCGGGAAAUCAAACCCCUGGUGAUCCCGAGGGAACUGAAGAAACGUCUGCCAUUCAAGGACACGCCAAAAGAUUUUAUCAAACAUGAGGAGCCAAAGCGAGUUGCUGUUGUAUUGGAGCCAGCAGAAGCCAAGAUUGCAAACUUUAUGAAGAGAGUCAAAGCUGUGUACAAGGACAAAGCCAUCACCAACCACCGAGCCAUGAGACAGAGAGUGCAGCAGUAUCAGAAAAAGAAAGCAGCAGAGGAAGCCAUCAGACAAGAAAAACUCAAGUUAGCCAAGAAGGGAUUACACAAGAUUUUAGGAGAGAUGAAACUAAAGAAAGAUGGAAAGAAAGGCGGACAGAAAGACCGCCAUUGA